GUGCCCCAUGCGCAGAUGCCCCUGCAGGGCCUGCAGAGGAGCGCAAAGGAGCGCCACCUGGACGUCCCGGUGCAGACUCCUGCAGUAAGGAGCAUGCUAGCACGCUAACUUACCCCUUGUUCCAUCAGAGCCCGCAGUGUUAUGAUCAUUGUGCUGGCUGGAGCACCCCAACCGCAACCGGGUUGCCUGCCCGAGCUGCUUGCUCCUUUCCGGGCGUGAGUGGAGCACACCUCCGGAGCGGUCGGACGGAUUAGUUGAAUCGGCGUGGCUGAUCUCUCGCCUCCCGCUAUUGGGUGCUUCUGACUUGUCGCUGUCAAGCCGCGAGGAUGAUCCAAUUAUGUGUUUAGCGGCGAGGUGCUAAGAAUAGAGCAAAUUACAACAAGGGGCGGUGAAAAAAAGUUCGUCAAAUGAACGAUGCCAACCUGCAGAUCCACGCCGAAGACGAGCUGCUCUUCCCGGGGAGUCGUCGAAGCCGCGAUGCGAUGAUCAAGAUGAUUCUUUUCAAUCCUUGUGGGGAGCAUUGAAAACAACACAAAAGGACAGGACUCGGUACAUAUGUGACCAGGUGCAUGCUUGGAAUGUGUGCAGGAUGAGCAGCACAUUCGUCACGUUAGCAGAAGUGCUGGAGGCCCGAGGGGGGCCUCUGCUGGAAGAGGAGGUCUGGUCCCUGCUGAUGGCUGCUGCAGAGUGUUUAGUGGAUGCGUCCGAUAAAGGUCAGAAGAAUAUGUGCAAUAUCAUAAGCCCCGCCUCCUUGCUGCUAUCAGCUCCGGGUACCUUAGCGUUUAAGAACUGUGGCCUAUUGGAGGAGGCUUCGACCUUCACCGCUCCAGAGAUGCUGCAGGGCCGCGCCAGCUCCACCAAACCUGCCGUAGAGAGGAUGCUGGUGUAUUCACUGGGUAUGACUCUCUACUGGUCAGUUGAUUUUCACCUACCUCAAAAUCAGCCGGUCCAGUUGAGCGACCAUCUAAACGGCCUCCUGCUCAGCAUGUGCGAGGACGUGCCCCACCGCAGGCUGAGUCUCGCCUCCAUCCUGGAAGCCUGCGAGUCUCGGCAGAAAGCCUCCAACCCCCCGCCCUCCUCCGACGUCAUCAGACAGCUGGUGGAGGAGGUCUUCAGUGGAUCGAUGGACCCCGACGGCGGCGUGCCUCUGAGUGGGCGGAGCCAGAUGAUCAGAGAAAGGCUUCAUGGAAGACGAGGGCCGUUUGCAGACUUCACUGAAGCUUGUUCGGAAAGGAGAAGAUACUCCACGGACUCUGACUCCAAGUCAGGGAGUUUACCUCAGAGAUCUUGGAGACACAGACCAAGAAGCUCACCGACACCUUUGUACCAGUCCUCUUUAGAAAGGCUCCCUCGAGGGGCUCGUCACAGGGACAGCACCUGCAGCUGGCUGGGUCGAAGCCCCCACCACGACGUGUCUCCAAAGGCGUCGGGCAGGUCUCACAGUCCUUCCAUCACCUUCAGCGAGUCCUCCAUCAGCCUGAGCCAGAGGAAAGCUAAGGCUUUGGGUCCAGAGUUUAUCCGGAUGGCUGACGAACAGCAAAUUGUUCUGGAGCUUCCAGGAUCUAUUGUGUCCCGAAAAGGGCGCUUGUGCUCGUCUCAGAGAGAAGUGACGGUGGUGCUACCGAGUGGGCAGUAUGUGGUGGUCCGCUGUGACGUGAAGUCUCAAGCUAGAGACGUGUUUGACAUGGUGGUGGCUCACGCUAAUCUUGUGGAGCACUUCUACUUCGGUCUUGCCUUCCUGGACGAUGAUGAAUAUUUUUUUCUGGAUCACGAAACCAAAAUCUCCAAAGUUGCGCCCGACAGUUGGAAGAAAGGGCAGAUACUUUCCUUUUUGGUGUUCCUUCGAGUCAAAUUUUUCGUUGACGAUAUCGCCUUCAUUUUGCACAGACUGACUCGCCACCAGUACUACUUGCAGAUGCGCAAGGAUAUCCUGGAGGACCGUACUUACUGCAACGAGGAAACGGGCUUGUUCCUGGCUGCUCUUGCUCUGCAGGCUGAAUUUGGGGAUUACAUGCCAGAGUUGUAUGGGAAGAGCUACUACCAACCAGAGCAUUACGUCUCCAAGAGGAUGCUCGAGAAGCUGGCUUUGCCCAAUGUGAAGGAAGAGCUGCCGAGGCUACAUGCCAGUCACGCUCCCAUGGUGCCCGAAGAGGCCGAAACAGAGUAUCUGAAGAUUGCCCAGCAACUACCAGAGUACGGAGUUAUGUUCCACCGUGUUGGCAGAGAAAAAAGGCCUGUGAUUGGAGAAUUGGUUUUGGGAAUCUGUGCCAAAGGAAUCAUCGUGUACGAGAUGAAGAACCAGGUCCGGACUGUCACCAGACGCUUCCUCUGGAGGGAAACAGACUCAAUUUCCACUGGGAGACGAAAGCUCAUCAUCGAAUGUGGUGGACCGAGCGGUAAAAAGCACAGUUUUAUAACGGAGAGCUCCAAAAUAGCACAAUACCUCCUCAACCUCUGCUCCGCACAGCACAAGUUCCACAGUGAGAUGACGUCACGACAACUGAAUCACAGCAUGAUGCCAGAUGAAAACAUGUCCGUCUAUCCUGGCUGUAACCUGAACCUGAAGCGGAUCUCGUGCUCUGAAGGCAUGUUGAACCAUGUCGGUUUAGCACCAGGUCAAGCCGACUCAUUGUCUAAAUCCUGCGAGGAUCUGACUGCCAAGCUGGAGGCUCGACUCCGGCAGCAGAGACAGAUGAGGCGGGAAAUGAGGGAGAUGAACAAAGAGGGGACGGGAGAACUAAGAGAUUUGAAGGAGCGUCCCUACUGGAGCACGCCUGAGUCCAUCCCGAGAAUGAUGUCCAGUGUCUCGCUGCAGAAACAAGACUUGGAUGCGUUUUCUUCCAUACGAGUCGACACACCGACGAGGUCUCCCCCAGAGAGAGAAAUCAUCUGUGUCACCCUCAAGAAAGAUCCCAAACUAGGCUUUGGCUUUGUGAUCGUAGGCGAGGACAAUACGGCUAAACUCGACCUUGGGAUCUUCAUUGCUUCCAUUGUGCCUGAUGGACCUGCGGACAAAGAUGGACGCAUCAAACCGGGCGGACGUCUCAUCUCCCUGAAUAAGACCAGCUUGGAAGGCGUUACCUUCAGCGACGCUGCUGCCAUCUUACAGAGCAGUCCUGAGGAAGUGGAGCUGAUUGUGUCCCAGCCAAAACAGAGUCUAAAAGACAGUAAGAACUCCUUGUGCCAAAGCACGCUGGGGUUGGCUUUGGAGAGGAGCUUUGGCUCUCAGACUACCCUGAGUGGCACGGAGUAUCGACACGCCAUGGAUGAACUGGAGGAGGCCAUCAACAUGUCCAGCAUGGCGACCCCUAAGCAGAACCGGAAACUUCACAUCCCGGUGGUGCGGAUACACGAUGCCCAGGACAUGUGCUCCAGAUCUCCAUCAACCUUAAGUCUGAAAGCGGGAGAGAAGUUUAUAGUGGAGCUAAAGAAGAGCGGUGGGAGUCUUGGCAUCAGUGUUGCUGGAGGAAUAAACACAAACGUGAGAUAUGGAGGCAUCUAUAUCAAAAGUCUGGUGGCUGGAGGUGCUGCAGACCAGGAUGGACGCAUUCAAAUUGGUGACAGACUGCUGGAGGUUGACGGCUCCAACCUGAGGGCCGUGACUCACCAACAAGCUGUCGAAUGCCUGAAGCGGACUGAGGAGGUGGUGAACCUGCUGCUGGAAAGAGAACCAACAGUCAUCUUGGAGCCCAGGACUGACUACCCCCUCCCUGCCUCCAUCCACAGUACAUCACACACUCAGCCCCCCAGGACUGAGGUCUCCUUGGAAACAACCUUGAGUGGCCGAGCCAAGGACUACAGCUUUGUGACUAAUGAAAACACACAUGAGGUGAUACUGAAGAAGAGUUUGUCGGGGUUGGGCUUCAGUUUCAACAUAUCCCAGCUGCAGUCAGGGCCUGAUCGAGGCAGCGUGGUCCGCAUCAAGCGGCUGUUCCAGGGUCAGCCAGCCAUGGAGAGUGGUCUCUUACGAGAAGGGGACGUUAUCCUGUCUGUCAACAAAGAGCCUCUCAAGGACCUUUCCUACCAGAGGGUUUUGUUCCUGCUUCGUGGCGCCCCUUCUGAGGUUCAUCUCUUGAUCUGUCGACCCGGUCCAGGACUGUUGUACGACGCGGAUGACAACACACUGAGUCCUGCACCCGCCAGGCAGGCUCGAUCCCGCUCUCUGGACAUCCGACUAGGAGACGACUACAGCCAGUUUCUCAAGUUUCAAUUUGAUGUCAACAUAGCUGCUCAGAGGCCGGCAUCCACACUCAAGGAAGAGCUUAUCGAGACCCCCGAGAAAAGUCAAGAGCCUCCUGCAGCUCCACAAUUCUUUGAACGCCAAGAGAGGGAAGUCCAAGGUGAACAGAGUCCUCCAUCUUCAUCUCGGGAAGGGUCACCUCCCGUACCCACCUCUCCAACAACACCAAUCUCGCCAGUCUCACCUGCAUCACCUACUUCACCCACCUUGCCUCAAGUCUGCUUUCGAACAGCUCAACAAGAGUUGGCACAGACUGCCCAGAACCCAGAGGAACAACAGGAGGUGGAGACAAAGAAGCCAAGCGAGGAUGGGGAGGUGGCUGUUGCAGCAAGUUCAUCUGCCAUAUUUAAUGACAUCUGUCCUAAGACUGUUUCAAACUCCAUGUAUGCCAGUGGUGUUCGAGAAGAGGCAGACGGAAGUGUGACAUAUUGCUUGGUGGGAAAUGGACUGACCAUAAUGACAGAUGAGGAGUAUUUGACCAUCAGUUCCACCCUGGAACCUCAACAGAGUUUUCAGUCCAAUCAAGCCACACAAACGCCACUAUCUAACCUCACAGGCCUCAACUCUCAGACCCCGGCCACUUCCUCUAGUUUCUCUCAGACCUCCAACAUACCAUCUAGUUUUUCACAGACCCCUAACACAGUAUCUGAUCUCGCUCAGACCUCUAAUACGUCUUCAAGUUUUUCUCAGACCUCCAACACCACUUCCUCUCAGACCUCCAAUAUACUGUCAAGUUUCUCUCAAACCUCAAAUACUUUGUCUAGUCUCAGCUCUCAGAAGCCAGUGACUACCAUGUCACUGCUGAACCUCUCCUCUGACUCCCUGACCACUUGUGCCUUAGCACACCCGUCUCAGCCGCUCACGACCCAGCCGUCCAAGGCCAAGCACCACCACCUGCUCCUUCCACAGCAAUGCAAAUCCCUUCCCACAAACAGCCAGCCGACUACGCCACUCUCUCAAAAUCUCAUUCCGCCAGGGAACCCCAUCACAACCCAGAUCGUUUCUUCAACGGCUCCUUGCAUCAGCACACCUGCUUCCACCGUAGCACCACCUGUCCAGAGCCACGCACAGUGGAGAGAAGAGCUGGAGAAGAACGAAAGGGAAUGUAAGGAUGAUGAGGAGGAGGAUGAGGAUGAAGAAGAGAGUAGAAGAAGGGGAUCCGUGAAAGAAUUCGAGUUGACGGUACUUCUGACCAAGUCCAGGAGUGGAAGCUUUGGGUUCACCAUCACCCGAAGCAAACUGGACAACUGCUACUACAUACAGGAAAUACUGGACAACCCCGCAAAGUCAGACGGACGCCUCCGAGCAGGAGAUAGGCUUAUUACGGUAAACGGGCAUGAUGUUACCAGUGUGGCAGAUGAAGUUGCCAUGACGAUUCUCAGGUCCUCUUCCAGGAGACUCAGUAUGACGCUGGGGAGGGCUGUUACCAACUUGGUGGCACCCCCUUCCUGUGACAGCCUGCCUGAUAUUGUCCUCUAUAAGACACCUUCGGGACAGCUAGGUAUAAAACUGACUGGCGGCAUUGGCAGCAAAUGGCAGGGCAUUUACUGUUUGGAAGUCGUGCCGGGCUCCCCGGCCAGCGAGGAGGGCAGUGUUCAACCCAAUGACAAGAUCCUCUACAUCUGCGGAAGAUGCACUCUGGGGAUGACCCUGGAGGACGCCGUCAAAGCUUGUGAGAUUGCCUCGCGUAAAGUCAAGCUCAAAAUUAUGAGAGAUGACCAACCAGUGACUCCCAAGGCCAAGUGGAACGGUCUGUUUGACUGGAAAAAGGAUAAGAAGUUUUUUGCUCGUUUUGAAGAGCCUGUCUCUUCAGACAAAGAAUCACCUCCUGAAGAUGUUGAAAUUGUUUGUAGAACUGCUGGCAACUUCAGCCGCCUGUCUGUGGCUGAACACCAAGAUAGUUGCAUCAUGCAAGUGGAGUUUACCAAACCAGAAGGAGGAGGUCUUGGAUUUGCUUUGAUUGGGGGGACCAAUGGCAGCAUGCUCAGGGUAAAAGAAAUUUGCUCUGGUGGCGUAGCUGAGCAAGACGGCCGUCUAAGAGUGGGAGAUAUUCUUUUAGAGGUGAAUGGUGUCAUUGUGUCUGGACUGAGCCACACUAAAGUGGUGGAUAUUCUACGUAAAGCGGAGGGCACGGUGCAGCUCACCAUCUGCAGAGACAUCCUGCCGCUGACCUAUUCCGAAUCCCCGACACCACCCAACAUGGCUGCGGAGGCCGACGCUAUCAUGGCAGAACAGCCGGCUCCGGUUACCACCUCUGACGCCUCUACCUCACCUGACGCUACGCUGAAUAAGCCAGUGGAGCGCCCCCCUGAGGCGACUGCGGAGUGUGUGUUUCACGAAUCUGGAAUUUUAGUCACCACGCCGCCUCCUCCUCCACGACAACUGACUGUGGUGACGGAUGAAAGUGCACUUCAUCAGGAGAGCUGCGACAGCACUCCUUCUCAUCAAGCUUGCUGCCCUUCGCUGAACGUCACUGAAAUGUUGCAUGGAGCUUCUGACAGGAAACAAAUUGUGACCAAACUGUUGGACCGGUCCUGCAAAGGCACCCGGAAACCCCAAUCAGACGGCUGGAGCAGCGAAGAGGAAGAAGAAGAUGAUGUGUUUGACACUGCUGGUCACCAAACGACCUCAUCCCAGACAGGACCUCCGAUCGUAUCAGAGGAGGAGCUGGCCAGUUUGGCCCUCAUGAGCCCGUCUAGAAGUAGCCAGUAUUCGGGCUCCAGGGUCAAAGCCCUCAUCCAGAUUCUGCAGCAUCAACUAGACCAGCAGGAACUGAUCAAAGAAUUCAUGGCUCUGGAGCACCUGAAGCCUUCUGAUGACUGCCUGGUUGGAAAAGCCCCUGAGAACAGAGACAAGAACCGCUACAGAGACAUCCUACCCUAUGACAAAACUCGUGUCGGCCUCGGAGAGAGCGGCGACUACAUCAACGCCAGCUAUAUCCGUAUGCAAGUAGGAAGCGAAGAGGUCUCCUACAUCUCCUGCCAAGGUCCGCUGCCCUCCACGGUGUCAACAUUCUGGCAGAUGAUCUGGGAAAACAAAUCAGACGUGAUUGCCAUGAUGACGCAGGAAGUAGAAAGGGGAAGGGUCAAAUGUCACAAGUACUGGCCAGAGAAGAUGAAGGAACCCCUGGACACGGGCAAGUAUCAUGUCCACCUGGAGAACCAACAGUACUUGGAGUAUUUCCACAUCAAGGUCAUCCGAAUGGUGGAAAAAGAGACAGCCAAGACCCAUGUUGUCCAUCACCUGAAGUUCACACACUGGCCCGAUCACGGUGUUCCGCACGACUCCGAGCAACUGGUGCGCUUCAUCUGCUACCUGCGCUCCGUGCACUGCCAGGGACCCGUCACAGUCCACUGCAGUGCUGGCAUCGGACGCUCGGGAGUCCUCAUCUGCACUGACAUUAUCCUCAGCCUCAUUGAGAGGGAUUUGCCUAUUAACGUCAGCGACAUCGUAAAGGAGAUGAGACUUCAGCGGCACGGGAUGAUUCAGACCAAGGAACAGUACCUCUUCUGCUACAAAGUCUGGUUGGAGGUUUUACAGGGCAUUUUACAACUCCACGGCACCCAGUGGCAACCGGAAAGUCCCCAAGACCACAAAGUAGUUUGAAUGUUUGGGUUUGUGCGACGGCGAGCAAGCACACGACGGCGACACUUUCCUGCUGGACGCUUGACUUUUUACAGCAUGUGGAGAAUUCCAUACACAUCCUUCUUGUGUGUACCCUCAAUCUCGGAGGGAUUUCUUGCAUUUUUCAGGCUUAGUGAUCUGCCUUAUAUACAGUAGUUCAUUGGAGUCAUGUCAUUCACUGGCAUUUCAUUUGCAAACUGCCAUCAUUUGUCAUUAAUAGUCCAACAGUGACGCUAGGAACGCCAUUCAUCUCACAAGUGCACAAGGAUAGGAUGAUUUUACCAAAGUUUAUUAUCUGAUAACGCGAUGAAUGUGAGUUGUAUUUUGAUUUCUUAAGUGCAUUUGUAGCCUGGACGGAAAAAAAUGAACAUUAUUCAUUGUGUAAAUCAUGGAAAGGAAUGAAAAGAAUCAAGUGCCUUGGAAUGACUCAUGCGCCGCUUCCACCCUGAGCUGCUCGUCACAAGCGGAUAGAAUGAAUAAGCAGCUCACGCUUAUAUGACUGAAUGCGCAGUUUUAGGUUUUGCUGCUCCAAAGCAUAGGCAAGUUAAUGCUCACAGUAUUUUUUGUUUGUUUGUUUGUUUGGGGAGCCCAUUUUGUAUGAAAAACUACUCUAAACAGCUCACAGGUGAGUCAACGUAACACAUUUCUACAUUUUCAAUUCCUUGUUUUGCUGAAAAGCUUAAGCACUCAUUGUUGCAAAGGCAAUAUUUGGGCUUUUUGCUUGAAUUUGUUAUAACUAUCAGUACUCACUGGCUAUUUUAAUACACGCAAAAGUAACAAAUGAGGUUUACACAAUGUACAGAGACUGACUGAUUUGUACCUCUACUUGUACGCUUGUAGCUGCUAUCACGUACUCAUGAGCCCCUUUUACACAGCAGGUGUUUUGCUGCCUUUGCUACUCUCCUGGCAAUUUUUCCGGCUUUGGAGGUAGCAUCAGAGCUGACAGACGACUGUGUGGUAGGAGACUCGUCCCUCUCUGUUGUGUUGAAAGCAAUUCAUGCUGUAUGACAAGUAGUUCAUAUGUCGCGCAUGUAUGAUACGUUCUCUGAACUUGCAGAGAUUUUACAAGGAUCGUCUUUUGUUUGUGUGGUUAGUGGUAGGUGAAAUGGAAAUUCCAUGGUUGUUAUUCUUACAUUAUUGAGAUACAGUGAUGAUAAAAAUGAAUCUCGGACAAGGUUUGGUCUUUUCUUAAUUGAUUUUUUAAAAAAGUACACAAAAACCUGACAGGAAUAUCAUGGCUUGAUGAAGUGACUCUGAUAUGAAGCAUAAUUGCAUCCUGUAAAACCAUUUGCAGUGCAACUCAGUCUUGAUUUGCAAAAUAGCAUGCAACACAGAUAACAUUGACCAAGCACAGGAACUCAGGAAAUCCAAUAACAAUUGGUGGGUGUCCGACAUCACACUAAUAAUUAGCAUGGGAAGCAUCUUGAACACCUGUUUUGCUUCUGUAUGUGAAUAAAAUGUUUAAUAAUUAUGGAGAGGUGUCACGAAACGCGCACUUCACGAGACAACAUUUAAAUAUUACUUUUAAGAAAAGUACAAUGAAAAAAUAUGACAAUAUACUGCAAUCUGCUGAUUUAAUUUCUACUACGUUACACACUGUUCUGUUCUGCACUGUGUGUAUGCCCGCGGCCUUCCCUCCACCCACCGAGACAAAGAAACUUUACGACAGACAAAAGGGCUCACUCUGGUCAUGCCGUUGUUCUACAAUAUAUAUUGAGGCCCGCAAAAUUAUCCAGUUCAUUUUCAUUUAUUGUGUGAUUAAUUUAUUAUCAUCCCAGGCCUACUGCCCACAAGACAUUUGAGAAAUCUUGUCACGUUUCAAUUUUGUAACAGCCUUAUAAUUAUGUAAUGACAUCUAAAAAUCAUGUGGUGUCCAAUCAUCACGACUGUUAUCACUGUCUUUUGUGAGCGCAUCUUUUUACUUCUUUUUUGUGUGAUGUGAACACCUACAGUAGUUGUGAGUGCACCUCAACUUUGAAGUUUGACUGCCUUGUGAGGUUUUUAGUCAGCAGGUUCGGAGAACGUGUCAUGUACGCUUAUAUAUACGCUGGCCGUGAUGUUGCACAGCACAUUUUGCAAUUGUGUCUGAAAGCACACUUCAAGCAAAAUCCUGUGUAAAAGGCACAGGUGGAUAAAUGCCAGAUCUACUGCAGGAUCCGUGUGUGAAAGGGGCUAUGCACAUACACCAGCCCCUGUACUGCAUGCACACUCUUGAAGGACUUGACAUGAACAUGAAUGUAACAAAGUAAAGCAAUAGUGGGUUGGGGGGGGUGGGUGCGGGGCUUCUUAAGAAUGUCUUUCUCUUGUUCCAGAGUGAGAGACAUCACUCUGUGUCAUGUGACUGCUUUUCUCUCAACACGUGGUCUCCCUUGUUAGGACGUGAGAAAGCACAAAGUGGUUUGAUGUGCGACUGUGGAGAAGGUGCUUGAGCCACAGCAUCGUGAAAUGUAAUAAUGCUUAAUUGCACUGCUGCAUAUCUACGCUAGAAAUGCAUAUCUUGUCACCGCACCAGCUGCUAUGUAACCCCCUAGUGGAACCGCCUCUCUUAUUAAAAACUAUUCUGAGACUUGCUGGUGUGUUUUUUAGCAGACCCCGACGCGCCGUAACUCAACUUGAACGGCACAGGCGCUGGGUUUUGGGAGGAGGAGGCAGCCUUAAAUCUAAUUCCACUGAGCACCUCUCCACUUUUAUUGCCGGCUGUACUCCCUCUCGGGUUUUACUGCAGGGUAAAUAAGCCGCGCUCACAGAGGGCUUUGUGACAGCAUGGAAACACGCUCUGCACACACAUGAACCU